UAAAAUUCGACAACGAAUGCUAGAGGCUAACACAGGCGAAUACGUUCGACCAGAUAAAUACGUGUACAAACCAGACAAACAAAAGCAUUAAAAUUGUAAUCGAAACAACAAGAAAAUCCAAAUCAAAGUGAGAAAAAAUGGCACAAAUGAACGCAGCCGAUCAAGCAAAACUGCAAAUGAUGCAGGACAUGGAAAUCGAAAUGAUGUCCGAUUUGUACAAUCGCAUGACACAGGCAUGUCACAAAAAGUGCAUACCACCGAAGUACGGAGAGUCUGAACUUGGCAAAGGUGAGGCUGUCUGUCUGGAUCGAUGUGUAGCCAAAUAUUUGGACAUUCACGAACGCAUUGGCAAAAAAUUAACAGCAAUGUCAAUGCAGGAUGAAGAUUUACUUAAGAAAAUGAACGGAUAAACGGUCUGCUAGAAAUAAUGUUGUUCAUUAGAAAUUUAAAACAAUAAAAAAAAAACCAUAUAUUGUGCACAGAAAAAAUAAUUCUAAUAAAUAGUUGCAUUGCCAAAAGAAA